AUGGAACCAGCUCAGUUGAUUUCUGAACAAUGGGGUUCUCUUAGUGGUUUGUACACAGCUGAGGAAGCUGACUUUAUGGCUCAGUUGCUUUGUGGUAACUAUUCUGUCACAGAGAAGCACUGCGCAAAUACCAGUUUUGGCAUGCCAUAUGCCUUUGUGCCCGGCCAUGAAUCAACAAUAGUGACCAUGACAGGCACCAAUAGCAAUUCAUAUUUUCCUUCAAAUGUUGCAAAUACUAAUUUUUCCUGUUUCUCCCAAGGGAAUAGCUCCAGCAUUGAUGGUGGUAAUUUCUUUUCCACUACAAGUAGUGGAACCUACUCCUGUGAUCCGGCAACAAACUUUGACUCCGAGUCCAUGGUGUUUUGCUUUGGAGAUGUCAAAUUUAGUUCAGAUAGUUUUCAACGGAAUGACAACUUAAACCAACAUAUCAAUGAAAGCAUUGAUGAAGAGGAGUAUAAAAUGAUUGUUUCUGAACAUGCAGAAGAGGGUAUAAGCAGAAACUUGGAGAACCCUGCAAAAAGAUUUAGGAGCUCAAUAGAGUUCUCAAAAAACAUGAGGAAUGUACAAUCGAGGAAGAAUCCAAACUCUGCUUCUAUGAGCAACAAUGAAGAUGAUAAAAGCGCUGGCCUCCAAAUGCAUGGUUCCAGCAGCAUCUUUUCAGAGGGUGAGACUAAUGAUUCUAUGGAGCUAAAUGGAAGGGCAUCUUCAAGUCUGAGCCCAAAAGAUCCUGCAAAACCAAGAGCUACCAGCAUUCCUGCCACUGAUCCACAGAGCCUUUAUGCAAGAAAGAGAAGACAAAGAAUAAAUGAAAGGUUGAGAAUACUGCAAAACCUUGUCCCCAACGGCACUAAGGUGGAUAUCAGCACCAUGCUUGAGGAAGCUGUACAAUACGUGAAGUUUUUACAGCUCCAAAUUAAGCUUCUGAGCUCUGACGAUCUCUGGAUGUAUGCUCCCAUUGCUUACAAUGGAAUAAACAUUGGACUAGACCUCAGUAUUUUUCCAACCAAAGGAGGAUGA